GUAAGCAAUUCGUAGUUGUCAAAACAGCAGCUCUUUCUAUUUGUGUAAAGUGACAAAUGACUCGUAGAUCGUAUGAAGACUAUAUACUGUAUAAUAGAUUCAUUGUUUUUUGUUAGUUAUUUUAAAGGAAUGAGUACUUCCUCAAAAUUAUAAUAUAUCAUUGUGUGGAUUUAAUUAUACUGUGUGGUUUACUCUAAAGUAUUCAGCAACAAUGUUUCUAUUAAUUAUUAUAUUCACAAACUUUGGGACUUUGAUAGCUGAUGAUGCAAAGAGUGACAGAAAUCUUCAAUGCUUCAACGAUUAUGACAAAAGUAUGGUUUGUCAUUUUACAACUGACAAGUCUAAGUGUGCUGAAUACAACAUGACAUUGGAAUUAUUGGGCUCGCAAAAUAUAGGCCAGAAUGAUUGUACUUUCAAGGAAAAGGAGAGGUCCAAUGAUGUUUUCAAAUGUGGAUGCUCUAUUGAUCCAAUGGUCCUUAUUAUUGGGGAGGAGUUUAAUGCAACACUUUGGAAUUCUGGGAAGCGUCUAAAUUCCAAAAUCCUCUGUAUCAAAUGCAGCAUAAAACCCAAAACCCCCACCAUCCAAAAGGUGAAACCAACAGAAAAUGGGAAUUUCCUGGUCAAAUGGAAGACAAACUACCCUGAUGAUGCACCGUUUUCUAAGGACUUGAUUGCCGAAUUGAGCUACAGAAAGAAAGGAGAAACAGAUGAGGUGUCCAAAAAUGACUCAACAACUUCCCAUGAAUUACUUGGCAGAGACUUGGAGCCAAACACCAUUUAUGCUCUGAAGGUCAGAACUUAUACUGACAGGAGCGGCCAUUUCAGUGACUGGAGUGAAGAGUUGGAAUUCACCAACCCUGCAUCAUCUCAGAAAGUACUCCAGAUUGUCAUUGUUUUCAGUUGCAUUGCUGUUAUCAUCAUCACAAGUGCUUUAUUUUGGUGCAGUGUUAGACUCAAAACCAAGUGGUGGGAUAAUAUUCCUAAAUGUUCAAACCCAGACCUUUUGUAUAUGGUUCCAGGAGUGCCUAAGGUAUUGUCUCCUCCCAAAAUACCUUUAUCCUCCAUCUAUGUUGAUUCUUCAAAAAUGGACACUGAAGGAAAAACAUGGACAAACCCCUUGAUAGUAGAUGGGAGCAGUGGAAGAGGUAGUGGCUCAGAGCUUGACUCAUCAUCUUCCCUGGGUUAUGCCCACACAUGUCCCAUGAGCCCGGAGCCUAGUAAUGUGCAGAUCAUUAGCCAUCUUCAAGAGGCCCUGAGCAAAGUCUUUCCCAGCCUUGUUCCUUUGGACGGGAAUCCUCAGUCAUUGCUUUUAGCCCCUCCUAUGACAGAUGAUGGUACACAAAUGAUUUGCCCUGAGCCAAAUAGAGACAUUGGUGUGUGUUCAUCUGACUACAAUCCUCUUCAUUUCAUGAGUGAGUCUGGAGGCUCUUGUGGGUCGUCUUGUUACAACAAUAUUACCGACUCCCCCCCAGUGCCCCUCAACUCCAUUCAAGAGUUAACAACAAGCAAGACAUCCUCAUUUCCUAAGCAGCCUCUGCUCUUUUGUAACUCCUCCUACCAUUCUGGUGAGGCUGAAGUGUUGAAAAAUGCCCAUCCACAGCUGUUUCUUGGUAGUGGUCAACAAGACCUUAACUUGUCCACGAACUGUGCACCCCUCUUGCAAACCGAGUUUUCAUAUCACCCGUGUGAUGGCGCCAGUGAUGAUUCAGAGACUACCACGUCAGCAGAGGACACCAGUCUGAUCUAUGGCUCUAAUGACAGCAAUGUGUCCGAACCUCACAAUGUUAUCAGUGUCGUUGCUGGAUAUCAGAGCUUCAGUGAGGCGGUCGGUAAGGACAAUGAGAGAGGAACUGAUGCCUUCAUGGAUGUGCCACUGCCACUUAAGGGUUUCCAGGAUGUGGACAGUAGCGAGUCACUGAUUUAUAAUGUGAAUCCAUGUUACCACAGCCUGCCUGACCCUGGAUGCUGCCUUCCCCCGAGUGACGUCGAUUAUCAGACUUUACAGAGCCUGGGACAAAAUAGCCCAGAUCAGUGGGUUUCAGACAAACUGCUGAACAAGUGUUUGGAGACUGAGAUCCCUCAAAGCUCCAUGAGGAACAUACCUCUAAAUGUCCUGUCCAACUCACAGGGAGGACAAUGUCCGAUACCUGGAAGUCCCUUUCUUACUGCUUUCUGUUCAGACCAAGCCAUGCAAAUAGACAAUGACAGCUCUUAUCAUUGUGUGUGAUUCUACGGUAGACACUUUUGCACUUUACAAUUAAUUUUAUUUUGGGGACUCAUAUAUAUAUAUAUAUAUAUAUAUUUUUCUAUAUUAUACAAACAGUUCGAAUACCAUUCUGCCAUGAAAAUGCUGUAGCCUCAAGUCCAGAAAUGUUCCACAUUUUGGAUGUACAGCUUCUGUUAAUAAACAUGUGUGUGUGGGGAAACUGCAACAGUUAAUUGUUGAAGAGAUAUAACAUGUCUUGCCUCAUCUGUCUGAAGCAUGUUGUUUGUCAUCUGGGAUGUAAAAAAAAUAAGGAUGUGUACUUCAGUUGAAAUACUGAGCAAUAACAUCUUGAUUAAACAUCAAGGUCGUCAAACUAGUCUCCAGCCUCUGAAAGUGACUUCUCUUCUAAUGGCUUCCCAAAAUAGUCAAAUAGUCAGACAGUUUCAUUGCAUCUGAUGUUUGAUAGGCUAAAUAGUGUUAACAGUACAAGCCUCAUGCAAACAUUGAGGUUGAAUUUCUGAUGAAAACAGUGGUAGGCCUACUUCCUUAUUCUGCGCUGUUCCUUUAAACAGGCACAUUGCAGCUUCUGUGGAAAUACACGCCCAGAAAGUAGAGCCAGCCUCUGAUGUCAUAGAUGUGUUGCGAAUCAGGUUAAUCAACAACAACAAAAAUAUUUGUUUAGGGUUAUUUUCUGAGGAUGAAGUUCAUGUUUGAAGUGUUUAUUGUAGAAAACAUAAACACUUUUUUCCCUUCAAAGCUCUUCGCUGGUGAAGCUUGAAUAAAGAUUACCUGACUAGUGA